CCCAGUCUGACAUAUGCAAGGGCAGAUGGACAUCGUAGCUUAACUAUUCCUGCAGGAAAACGCAAAGCUACCUCGAAAAUUGGAUGAUUUAAAAAAAUAAAUAAAUAAAUCUGCAUUAGAUUGAGGAGCAUGUGAAUUGUCAGAAUGGAUGAUUUAGAUCACAGUAUUCACAUUGCAGAGGAUGACUGGACAAGCUUCUAUGAGGAGAGUGAGGAGUGCAGUCUGCAGCAGCCUUCACUUGCCUGCCUUGAUGAUGCCAGCCUCACAGAUUCAGAGGAUUCGGGAAACCUAAGCUCAGCUGUCAGCCAAAGCCAGCAAGACUCACAGCAGAAUCCUGAUAAUGACAAAGAUGGAGAUACAAGCAACACAGCAGAAUGCACUGAAGAACAAAGCUCUAAUUUGUCAGUGCCACUUAAUCAGCCGGAGGAUGCUGCAACAAAAUCUGAAGAGGACUCUGAAGUAUAUCCUAAAUGUCCUGCACCAGUCCCAGAGGAGACAGGUUACAGCGCUACAAACACUCUGCAAACUGAGCUACUGAAUAAAUCAGAACAUCUGACAAAAGAUGGAGAAGUGCAGCCAGAGAGUGAACCGCUUUCUUGUCACCAAACAGGAUUAAAUGUGAACGAGCCAGACACGACAGAGAGGGCUGUAAAGGAAGAUGUAAGGAGUGUUUCUGCAAGAGCAGAGAAAGAACGCUGGUUUGUGACAGUGAACGAUAAUCCCGCACGAUGGCGAGCACGUCCCACCUCUGUAAAAAAAAAACAAAGACAAAAAAAACCCUUUGAGAGACGUCAUGCGUGCAACACUACUCAGGAGAACUCACCUGAAAGUGGUGUAAAGUUAGAGAUGAAUGAAAAUAAACCUGCAUCUCAGGGAAGAAGGGAAUCUAAAUCAAACCAAAACCAAAAAUCAGGCAGCAACCCAAAUUAUGAACACAACGUGGAGGUAGGAGUCAUUUCAGAAUCAUCACAAGCGGCUUUAAUAUCUGAUGAAGAAGACAAUUUUCCAUCACUCAAACAAAAUAUUCUUAAGCCAAUGAUGAAGAGAAGCAAAAGUGAACCAGACAGCUCAGCUUUGAUGGCACAAGACCCACUCACGCAUUCACAGAUGGAGAAUGAGGAGUGCGAUGAGCUUGAAGACAGUGCUGAGUUCCUCUCCGUUUACAGUUAUGAUUCAGAAAGCUAUUUGUCAGCAGCUGAAUCAGUGGAGGAAGCUCAGCAUCCUCCUCAACACCCAGAAAUGUGCCGCUCGUUAUCUUUGACAUCCGGCUGCCAAAAAAAAGAUGCUGACUCUACACAGGACAGACAAAUGCAUUCUUCUUUUCCCACCAAUGUGUCAGCUGCCAGCUGUAAAGUUUAUGAAGGUACCGGCGCUGUGCCUUCCCCGAUGCAUCCAUCUGCCAACCAAAGAAAUACAAGCAUGCCAGAUCAUAUCCCCCCAUGUGAAAAUGAAACACACAGCUUGAUACUCUUGGACACACCUGGAGCCCAAAGACACAAAAUCAAUCUUUCAGUACCUGGUUUCUCUAAGGAAGAACAGCCCUCCCCUCUCUGUGUUCCUGAUGUAACAGUAAAACCUUGCUCUGAGGAAGACUGCCCAGAAACAUAUGCCAAAGCUGAGGGUCACAGUCGACCCGUGUACGCCAUCUCUGCUUUUUGGGAUGAAAUGGAAAAAUUGACAAUAAAUGACAUUUUGCAGCUCAGAAUGAAUAGAGGCUCCUCACCUAGAGAAACAGGAGAAGCCACGACACCAAAUGUAGAUGAAUCCCCAACAAUUCAUGACCCUCUGGUUGACACUGUGGAGUAUAAUUUGUCUUGCAGCACUCCCAUGGAUAUUUCAGACACAGCAGACUCAGACUAUUUUACGCAGGCCGAUGAAUCUAAGCCAGACCAAUCAAGCUGUGAGUUUUCCACCUCAGAUUUUGAAGAGGAGUGCUGGCAGUUUGUUGGCGCCAGCAGGAACCCCAGCCCUGACCCUCACAGAAAAAACAAGCACAGCAGGAGUGACUCUCCAUUCUUCUCAAACGAUGAGUCCACAUGCUCCGAAGGCAGAGAGACGCCUGUGCCUUUAGAGGACUUUGCAGGGCAGUGUUUUGAUAGCCAGAAGCCCCACACUUUGUCCUCAAGCACACUUGCAUUGCCUAGACAGUUAACCAAAAGUAAAAGUAUGCAGAAUAUACAAACUCUCAACAGAAAGAAUGCAUCUUUGCCUGCUUUACUUGGUAAUGAUGAAAGUAGUCUGUUUUUUAGCAGAUGUCAGUCUUUGGCAGAAAACACUGCUUUUAAACUAAGUGACAGCCUGGAAACACAAAUUCCUCUGUCUUUUCUAUCCAGCACAGACUUUCUUGAUUACCAAAUAUCUUACCCAGAGGUGUUUGAAUACUUUUUCACAGAGGAUAAGGUAAACUCUGACUCCAGGCACUUCACUGUUUAUGAUCCAAAAGACAUCUCCGUGCCUCCUGUCUUUGACUAUGCUCUUUGUUCAUGUAGAGAUGAAAUGUCUUUCUCUCCUCUUCACUGCAAUGAGGAGAAACCCAUCCCCAUUUUCUCUUGUUCUCAUCCUACCGUCAGAGAACUCACACUGCCCAAGGUGGGCAGUGGGUUUGCACUCAAUGUUUUCUUGAGUGCAAACUCUGAUGAAGUGGAUGCCAUCUCUCCCCUGAGAAUUGUGUCUCAUUCUUUCAUUCAGGCCCACCAACAUGGAUCCACAGUAGAAGCAGCCGUGGGUGGAUCUGCCAGCUGGAAAAGUUUACUGCCGAUAAGAAAAAUUCACUUCCAUGAUAAAGGGAGCAUAUGGUGCAGAGGAUCUGGUGACUGGGUGUUUCCAGUUGACUUCGAGAAGAUACCCAGCAGGAGAGAAGAUCCAUGGGCACCGGUGCUGAGUGUGGGAAGGGUCUCCCCGGUGUCCUCGCAGCUGUUUAGAGAGCUAGAAGAGCAGCAUUUCAUUUUGGAAACUAUACAGACAACAAGACACCAGGGCAUCUUCUCCACACUGAAGCAGUCAGACAUGUGUUUAGUCUGCAUUGCCUUUGCCUCCUGGGUACUAAGAUCCUCUGAUCCAGAGGCUGCUGAUGCCUGGAAAGCAGCUCUACUAGCAAAUCUGAGUGCACUAUCAGCUAUCCGGUACCUGCGGCAGUAUGUGAAGAAGAGGAAUCCUCAACCUGAAUUCUGAUAUGUACAUACAAAACAAACUACUUCCAGCCAUUCUCACUUGGGUCCAUGGAUAAAAAGAAAUCCACUGUAUUUAUAUUUUGCAAAAUGUCUACAGUUAAAGUGCAUACACAAAGUUUAAAGCUGCAGCCCGGCAUGAAUUGAGAGAAAUUAAAGUUGUUUCCAGCCUCAGUUGUUCUGGUGCAAUUUUUAGGUCAAGUAUGGACAAAGAUGACAAAGAUAUUCAGAAUUUAUAGCUUCAGUGUGAAAGAACAACAAUGCAGUUUAGAGCCACAAAGCAGAGAUUUUACAGCGAUAUCAGGCAUUUUAAUGUUUUAUUAACUUCAGUGUGUCACUUCUGGGUAGGUCUGUGUUGAUACAAGGACCAUAACUAGACAUUUUAGAUUUGCUCACCACCUUCCACUUUGAAUGUCUUGUUGUGCUAAAACACACAGCUGCAUAAUGUCAGAGCAGCUUAAUUUUGACCAGAUGGAGAGUGUAAGUGGUUGUCUGUGUGGAGGAAGAAAGGUUUUGCUGUAGAUGUCUCAUAUGUAUUUUGCUGUAUGUUGUAGGGAAAGGUUAAAUAGGUGACAGAAAAGCUUUGAAUACAAACGGUGGCUCGCAAAUGUCUUUGUUUGAGAGAAUCUUAAGACAAAGUCACGUCUGUGUAUGAUUGCACACUGUGUGAUUUAAGAGGUGUUUAGAGGGGAUCUUUUUCAAACAUUUUCCACAAGAUGAAAUUAUUCAGCUGAAUAAGGUUAACUCAGCUUAUUAUUGUAUAAAGAUGUGAAAAAUCCUGGGUAAAUUAAAAUAAAUAAACUGGUUUAGUGUCAAAAUUGUUUGUUUUCUUCUUGCUUUUGUUAUCAGGUAGGGGGGCACAGAGGCACAAGUGGGGAGAUGUUGGUUUAAAAUGAUUAAAAAGUCAGGGCAAGAUCUCCUAUGAUGAUGUCACAUCCUGCGGGUGUACAAAUUUCAAGCUAAACGAAUUUCUCAUUAGUACCUUCAACAAAACACAAAAGACAACAAUUUAUGUUUAGUUGGUUUUAGUGUCUCAAAUUUAUCUUGUUGCUCUUGUGAAGUGACAAUUUUGUUCAAAGAUUUUCAUGUAAAUGGUUGUUGUCAAAACACUUCAUGUGAUUUGCUUUUAGUGCCACAAAUGAUUAAAUGCAAUCAAAUCAAGAA